AUGAAGAAGAGAGGGGCGUCGAGAUCCUUAACGCAGGACGGUGAGGGGGUGCCUGCCACUGAGCAGCCGGACCAGGCAGAUCGUAGCAAGAGACAACGGGUGGAUCACACAUUGGAAACAGUAGAGGUACAGAGUAGCCCAGGCCCUGGGGAGUCUAGUGGGACAAUUCGAAUGCUCAUGUUUGUUCACGGCUGGCUCGUUUGAUCAGGACACCGGCGAUGAGAGUUUUGGUGGGGCUCUGGAGGCGCUGGACAUCACGGGCAACCUUCUCAAGGCAAUGAUGGAAUGCUUCGAGGAAGAAGAAGCAAAGGUGACGGUCCAGUCUGGCUCAGACCCUGCCGUGUGGUUUUAUGUUUGUGUUCGGUACGUAUUCAGGUUCGUCAGCUGAUUGAGAGCAGAAGGACAAUCACGAUCAGCCAAACAGAGGAAGCGAAGAGGCAGCUACGGGUGCCACUCAGCCACCGUCACACACACGCAUGCACGCAGCACAUAGUGUGUGUGUCUCUGUGUGCGACGCAUGCAGGUCAUCGACAGGCACUUUCGCGUCUUGUCGGGUAUGAUGCUGCUCCACACCACCAAACCAAUCGAGACAGCUGCGGAGGAGAUGGGUGAGGUGGAAAAGAAGGUCGUUAUGAUCCAGCAGCACAUCAACAGACUCAGACACCACCAGGUCAGUCAACGACACACAUGCUCAAUAAGUGUGGCGCAUUUCGUCAACUGCUGUACUGGUGUGUGUCUCAGCAAGGUGGCCGUGCGUUUCUGCUUGACCUGCCCGACGGCGCCCUGAGCCGCAUCUGCUCGUGGCUGACCACUGUGAACAAUGUCCACUUACUGCGUGUCAGCCAUGACAUCCACUCGAGGGCCGUCACGGAGGGUGUGUUCCGCCGAUUUGCUGUGGAGGAGGACGACGAACGGUUUUACGACCGUGCGGACGAAGAGUAUUUCUAUACGCGUACAUGCAGUCUCAAGCCUCUGGUAAGAUGGCUGACGUGUGAAGCAUAUUCGAGACCUGGUGAGACAUGGUGAGACAGUGUGUGUGCGUGUGUCUUUUUGUGUCUAUGCAGUGCACUGCAGUCCAGAAGGCCUACGUGCAAAUUCUUUGUCUCUCUCCUGUGAUACGCCACUUGCUGGAGGCGUCCAGGGAAACUCUCACACACAUAACGCUGAGAGCGAAGGCGUACUCAUCGGCUUACGAUGAACCGGCCUUGAAGGACGGCCAGUUUCCCAUACUCACGCACCUGCACGUCGGGAGGUACUCGAGUGGAUGGAUCCGUCUCGUCAAGUGAGCAAAAAACGAGUUCUUUAGAUGUUGGCACAUUCAUUUCUGUCGUCGGUGGGGCUGUGCUUAUUUGCAGCGAGCGUCAGUGGAGGUUUCCCGCCGUCACCAACCUUCAACUCGGCGCCGACACUUGGGGCGACGGCAUCUUGGGCAGAUCAGACAGUGCAGCAUUCCUGAAGCUGCUUACAGAGGCAUCCGAGCUGAAGCGACUUGAUAUCCCCUUCUACAAGAAUCACACCACGCCCGUGCCUUGGACCGACCUCAUUGCUGCCCUCGGCAAGUGCCCCCGCCUCACACACAUCACAAGCCUGACAGUGCGCAUUUACGAAUUCCCCCGCCUGAUGCAGCUCAAAGACCUCAGCCACCACUGGGCCAAGCCAGAAAACAAAUGUGAGCAGAUCAAAGCCGCCAAGGGUUCUCAGCAUUCCCAUGUCCUGUAUCCAUACUCCAUGCAGAUGUGCGCAAGAAGCUGGGAUUCAUCGUCAAGGGUAUGCCCAGGCCGACGGAGCAGCAGCCGAGGACGGCCUCGGGGGACAAUCCGGAUCAGAUGCAACGGGAGCUGGCAGCGAUGGCACGGAGGAUGAGAGGCGAGGGCAGCGACAACAUGGAUGCCGAUGCCGACAUGGGCGAGAGGGAUGGCGAGGAGAAUGUGGCGGCGGUGGAGGGCGGCGAUAAAGGUGAUGGGAGUGGACAGAAGCAAGACGGCGGCGUCCCACUAGCUGUCGAUGCACUGUCCAGCCCGGCUGCGGGCGGCUCGCCGAGCGGUGGCGCGCCCGGCCAGGCUGCAGAAGAAGGUACGAAGCGGAAAAUGUAGACACACCCUCCCGAUGUCUCUGUAUGGCCACAGGUCCCGAAGAUGGGCAUGCCAGCGGCGACAUGAGUGUCUGUGGAGGGGAAGCCGCGGAUCCUGCGGACCGAAUAGAUAGAGCAGAGACGGGUGGUGACGAAGGUGGGGCAAACGCGCCAUUCGAUUCGAACAGUCAGGAGGGUAGCGACCCAAUUGGCGAGGGCCAGGGCAACACGCCACAGUGGGUUGAGUACGUCGGCCGAGAUUCCCGCUGCUAUUACAAUGUGCAGACGGGGCAGAAACAGGUCAGAGAGAGGGAGAGAGAGAGAGAGAGAGCAAGAGCGAGAGUUCACACUGUUCUCUAUGUCUCGCCAUUAGUCGGAGCGCCCGGCGGGGUUCGUUCCAGAUGUCAACACAGUCGUCAUCGACAAAUCUGAUGACCGUGGCGAUGACCGCUACGAACGUCAAGACAUUUGUUCGAUCAGGCCGGACUACGCACAAGACUGGGCCUAUCCAUGGGCCAUCCGCGAAUUCAGCAAGUGGGCGGCCGAAGUCAAGUGUGAGCUCGAAUGGCGGCCUUUUGAGGGGCAGCUCAUCAUCGACUGCAGCAGCGACGCUGCAAAUGCCCGCACUGCGCCAGACGGCCUAUAGGAGACAUCGCCACGCAGCUCGCCGCAAGAGCAGAAAGGGUGAGGAAAGGGCAAAAUCGAUGUCCAUGCAACACACCGAUUCGUCAUUUGUUCGUAUGCCAGGUCACGCUGAAACUCGGAGGGACGCCGCUGCAUGAGAGCUGGGGUGACCAACUGGUCUUUAACAACGCCAAGAUCCUCGUAUUUCGUCCCAAGGAGGGCGCGACAGCCUCCGCAGUGGAGCAGAGCAUCCCCGAGUGGCUGACCGACAGGGACGGCGAGAAGAGCGUCCGCUUCCCAGCUGUCGUCAUGCUCGAAGCCGACAUUCGCUCGCUCUCCCUCACUGAGUGUAGCAAGCUCAGUAGUCUCAUUGGGGGGCUGGCAACACUCAAGGAAGUCCAUUUCCUGAUCGUUUGUCUAGCUUCGCUGUAG